AUGCGCACUCCAGGCCCGUUGUAUAGCGGUUGCAGUUUGAGCGGUGUAAAGAUUUCCGACUGUUAUCAGCUCACUCUUUCGAGCGUCGCCACUCAAAAUCUGGAAGAUUACGGUUCAUCCACCCCGCGUCAACGCACUGAGUUUCUGACUGCAAGUGCAGCAGCAGGAACAACGCACAAGUAUCAGUGGAGUUACUUCCUCAAGUCGCCUGUAGGGACAAGCACCCACUUUUUCCAUCUCAUGCAACUUUUCUCUCGGGACGACGGAGGCCCGAUCAUCACGCUCGACGCAAUCAACGGAGUCAUUGCGAUCAAAGACAACUACCGAGACUGCUCGAAGACAGGUUGCCCCACUAUACCUCUGAGCACCUUUACCGAUAAGACCACGAUUCAUACUGUCGCAGUUACAUACGGCGCAAGUAACGGAAGCUUCAAAUAUGUUAUCACGGAUAGUGCUACCUCGAAUGUGCUGUUGAGCUAUAGUGCAAGCGGAAACAUGGGUGGUAACGCUUCGUAA